CCUUUCACUUCAACAGUGAGAAACCUGGCUCAUUGAUUGGAAUGUUUGGGGAAGAGGAGUUGACAUGAUUUGAUUUGGGAUUUUAAUGAAAUGGUUGCUGCUAUGGAGAAGAGAGCUUAUGGAAGUUGGACUGGAAAGUGGAAGGCCCCUUAGGAGGCUUUUGCUGAAAUCUAAAUGAUAAGAGAAAAAUAAAAAAAUGUGAAGCCAAAUGAAUUGGGUUAAUAUAUAAUGUUUAACUUAGGAGGAAGAAGUAUGGUAGAGAAAAUAAUUUAUCGUUACCUAUUUGAUUGCAGAGCCAGAGGAUUAAAUAAGCAUCUCUUCUAAGGAAGCGUCAAUACAAAAUAUAUAUAAACAACCAGCCAAGCAAUGGCUGACGAUUUGCACUAGAUACUGAUUUGAACUAGAAAUUCUUAUGCUGUAUAGUAAUCUUUGAAGUCUGAAUGAGAGUUAUGAAAUUUUGAUAUACUUCUGAAUUCUGAGUUGAGCAGAUCAUAGUUCUAACCCAUUAAUUGAUUCAAACAUUCAUAAACAAACACUGGGUGCCUACUGUUCAUCAGAUACUGUGCUAGAUGCUGAGAGUAGAAAAUGAACAAGAUAAAAUUCUGGCUUUCAUGGCAUUAAGGAUUUAGUAGUUGACUCUUCUAAAACUGAUGCAUAAUUAAUUUUGAGAGACUGGUUUAGUUGCUGAGAAUUUUUCAAAAGUCUUGGCUCUUUUAAUGGGACAUCUUGCGUUGAUUCCCACAACUUCAUUGUUUUGUCCACAUCACAGGAAAGACUUGACGAGCUUGAGUGAGCCAGAAUCUGGUGGAUUCACCGAAGUACAGCAUUUACCCAAUUUUAGUGUGUUAGGCCUUUGAAGAGAACAGUCACCACACUCAUGGCAGGGAUUUUGCGCUCAAUAGUUCAGAAGCCCCCAGGUGGACUCCAAACUGUAACAAAAGGUGUGGAGUCUCUCAUUUGUACAGAUUGGAUUCGUCACAAAUUUACCAAGUCAAGAAUUCCAGAUAAAGUAUUUCAGCCUUCACCUGCAGAUCAUGAAAAAUAUGGUGGGGAUCCACAGCACCCUCAUAAACUACAUAUUGUUACCAGAAUAAAGAGUACAAAAAGACGUCCAUAUUGGGAAAAAGAUAUAAUAAAGAUGCUUGGAUUAGAAAAAGCACAUACUCCUCAAGUUCACAAGAAUAUACCUUCAGUGAAUGCAAAACUGAAAGUGGUUAAACAUUUGAUAAGAAUCCAGCCCCUGAAGUUGCCACAAGGACUUCCAGCGGAAGAGGACAUGUCUAACACGUGCCUCAAGAGCACUGGGGAAUUAGUGGUGCGGUGGCAUCUAAACCCUGUAGAUCAGGAAGCAGUUAAGUCCUAAUGCCAGAGCAGUUUCAUAUUUAAAAAUGUAAAUCAUUUUUAUUUAAAGAUAGAAAGUGUUCUCAUUAAAAUAUAUUUUAAAUUCUA